GCCGCGGCGUGAGAAUUCGUUGUCAUUCUCACGUGCGACUUCAAGAUAUCAAUACCUACCUUCGUAGCUCCUUAGAAUUUCGUUCUUUUUAUCAAAAUGGCUAAUACAUUUUUACUGGGAAAGAGAUACCCGAACAAAAUUUUCGUUGGAGGUUUGCCGCCCCUGACAACUGCUGAGGAGUUGGCCAAUUUCUUCGCCAAUUUUGGCCAUGUAGUGGAGUCCAAGGUCAUCUUUGACCAUGACGGAAUAUCUAAAGGGUAUGGCUUUGUCAGUUUCCGUUCUCAGGAGGAUGUGUCCUGUGUUAAGGCUAUGGGAACCCUUUUCCUACGCAACAAGAAAUUAAAUUUGGGUCCAGCUGUCAAGAAAGAAUUAGCUUCAAACAUCCCACCCGAGACAGUAAUAGUGCCAAAUGCACCAUCCAAGGGAGUCUACUACUACCCACAAGCAAUGAAUCAAUAUGUAUACUACCAAAUGCCACAACAAGCUAACCCAACUCCAGGGUACUACUAUGCCGUUCAAGGUGACACAGUAUUCUGGUACCCAGCCACAAGCCCAGCUACCAUGCAGUAUAAUCAGGAACAAUGCACAGCGUGCCAGGUUGAACCAGAACAAAGACCAAAGAAAAAGAGGAAUCCUCUACCACCCAGGUUUAGAAGAAAUCGUAGCCAGUGAGUGCAGUAAAUUGUGCCAUUAAUAUCCAGCUAGCAGACUUAAUUCUUAUUGAUGUGUCUAUUUUGUAUAUGACUGGGCAGGCCAAUUAAAUAACUAGAUAGAAAGCUUUCUACGAGGGUAUCUUACUUGCUACUUUUUUUCUGGAUCCUUGGGGUGUGUUUAAAGCAGAGGCAGAAACAAAUACAGAAAUGCAGAUCCAUUGAAACUAGCCAGUUCCAUCUCAAACAGGUGAUGCCAUGUACACACAUUGUUUGAGCUACACCAUUUUUAAAUAGUCUUCAUAUUCUAAACUAGAGAUGGUAUCAUGUCAAACAGCCAUUUUCUUUGCAAUACUACUUCAGUUCUAUUUUUAUAGGAAGGGGGCUUGAUGUAUAUUAUUGAUGUGAAGCACAAAAUCGAUAAGGUAGUCCAGUGUUAUUUGUAUAAAGAAAGAGUAUACUUUUGUGAUGUCUAAGUAUUUUAUAGCUGUUUUCCAAGAAGUAACUUUUAUAACUUUAAAGUCUCAUGUAAAAAAUGUAAGUAGUUUUUUCCUCUGAUCCAUUUUUCUCAUACUUGGAUUUGUUGUAAAACAAUGGCCUGAACUGUUAUAAAAUAUAACUGCUCUAGGAAACAACAAGCAACAGUUGAUUUGAUUUCAGAAUUACAAUGUUGGUGUAGAUUUUUUUACCCUGGACCAUUGUGACAAUAGAUGCAGAUUUUACAAUACAGUAAUAUAGUUCUAUCCAUAAUCACAGGAAACCUCCAUUUCAUUAUUUUAGUGAAUCUUUUAAUCUAUUCUCAUACAGGGGAUUGUCUCAAUCUUAUUAGUAUGUUCUUAUAUAAUGAAUUUAUAUUUUAAUAAUUUCAUAAUAAUUUGUUGCCUAGCUUUUUACCUACUGUGUACUGUAUUUUUAUUAGCAUAUUCUGCUUAAGCCUGUUGCUGUAAGAAGAAAAUAGAAUGAACAUUUGAGGUUGUGAAUGGAUUUUCAGAUUGUCUUGAGUCUUUUUGCACUAUACUUCAUUUUCUGUAUUUAUGCACUAUGGUAGUAAAAAUGUCCAAUAAAUAUUGUAAAUAUUAUCUA